AUGUACAAACCGUUAACGUGUGACGUGGUUGCCACGACCAACUGCGAUGAUGCGUCAUAUGACGGAAUUGUGUUAGUAAUAGACACAGUUGCCAAUAUUCCGUCUAGUCUGGGAUUUCUAAAAACGCCACUUCAGGAAUUGAUGCAGAUUGACAGUGCAGUUGAAAAAGAUGUAAUUUUAAUGAAAUUGGUCGAUCAUGCGAUCACUAGACUGAUAUUCGCACCCACGGGACCUUUGAAUAGAGAUUAUGACGAUGUCAGAAGAUUUGGUGAAGCUGCUUGUGCUGGCCUUAAAAGGGCUUUGAAAGCGGGGUGUAAAUCUCCAUUGCUCGUGUGCCCACCAAAUUCGAAUUAUGACCAGGCAGUACUGGUGUCCGUACUAGGAGCUCUGAGUGCAGUAUACGUGCCAUUGGAACUUAGAGAAGAUGUACCGAGUAAAGCCAGCAAAGCUGAUAAGAUAGGUGUAUGGUCAGAAGAUGGGGACGUUGGGAAGAAAAUCGUACAUCAGGCUUCAGCAAUUGAAAGUGGCAGGAUUGUCUACCGUGAUAUUGGUGGAUCUGAUCCCGAGCGUAUGGCACCCAAAAAAGUUGAAGAAUAUGUACAAGACGUCUUCAAAGAUACAUGUAUUCAGUUGAACGUGAUCUCAGAUGAAGAUACUCUGGCGAAAGAGUACCCAUUACAUGCCGCUGUUAAUAGAUGUGCCCGUCACAUAGACCGUCACAAAGGAAGAAUAAUCGAAUUAGAGUAUAAAGGAGAAGGUGACAUCAAACAGACGCCUAUGAUUGUUGGCAAGGUGGAUUAUCUGCACACUUACAUGGGAGAGAACUUCCAGUGA